AAUCAACACCGCGUCAAACCCUGAACCAUCCCAUUCAACCGCGCCUUCCCGCUCUUUCCCACCCAGCGCGCGUUCACCCCCUCCCACCCACCACCACCACUGUCGACAAUCGUUCACCAUCACCAUGGACGAGUCUUUCCAGAACUACUGCAUCGUCUGCGACUGUCUUAUCGCUCCCCCACUACCAGGACCAGAGGAGAAGAAGCCUCUUUCGGCCACUGGUGGCAAAAAGCGGGCAGCCGGAGCCAUUAGGAUCAAGAACCCCGAUGGCACCACCACAACCCGCACAGCAAACGGCGUAAAGACGACGACGACGACUACUACUACCCGGCCCUUUCCUCGGCCCGCUCCUCGUCUCGCAGCGAAUGCCGCUGCCCUCGGCCCAAACCCCGCAAAGGUUGUCCCGAAGGCACCAGCACCCGCACCACCAUCCGCCACCCAGCCUCCAGCACUCACCACCUCCCUCUCCUCCUCCGGUAGCGGUGGCGACAAUGUUCCUUCCCCUUCCCCAAAGACCAACACUGUCAAGACGGUUACUCCACCGCGUCCAGAACCGUUUGUGUCGAGCAUUUACUGCUCGCGUGCAUGCGCAGACAAGGAUGCAGGGUCGUCAUCCGCCAACGCUCCAGAUCUCUGCCGCGCUCUCGGGUAUGGCAUCACCUUGUCAGAUGCCCUAGUUGCCGCCGGGCUGCGUGUUUCGCCCCACAUGGCCCCAGCAUCUCCGCUUCUCGGAUCGGACACCGAUUCGUCAACCGGACUUCGCGGAGGCCCCAGAACCCCCGACGCUCCUGGCGCGAGCUCGGUGCCCAGGACGCUCGAAUUCUUCCGACUGGCCCGUGACUCGCCCGAUGACGCAUGGCGCGAGAGCCGCACUGCGCGCCCUCAGCUCGACGCAGCCAUUGUUCAACAGCAGAUGAUGCGCCAGCGUUCCUCUGGGCCCCACUCGGCUUCGGGCACGUCGAGCGACUCUCUUGCUUCGCUUUGGACCGGUGACCAGGACAGCAACCCCAGGCGUUCUUCCUCCAACGUUGGCUCGCUUUGUGCGAUGACGCCGUUGCACGCCCCCACCCCAGACAGCACUGGCAGCAGCGCCCGGCGGUCCAUGUCGUCGUCGUCGGAUGGCUCGGGUAUCCAGCGCCCGGCUCUGACUCGGUCUACGCUUAGCCACACGUCGCUUGGCGGCCUCAGCUCACCUGCCAUUAAUGCCGCAUAUCAAGAGGUUGGCUCGGCCCCCUCGCACACUGCCUGCCUCAUGCAGUCGUACGCUUCGGCAUUCCCUGCGCGUGACGGCGGUGCCAUGUCGCCACCCCUCAUUUCGGGCUCUGCUACUCCCGACAGCCGCAGUGCGAGCGUCGCGAUCGCCCCGGUCCCGCAGCGCUCCACAUCUGGCACGAUCCGCGCCAUGCGGGCUCGCCAGGGAUCGACCGGUGCUACUUGGGACAGCUUUGGUCGCGCCGAGAUUCGCGAGCGUGCGCGUCGCAACACUGGAUCGUCCGAGUCGGGCUUUGUCGUCGGCUCUCUCCCGCAGUCGCCCGACCCAGAGCGUCGUGGUCGCCUCAACUCGUACACUGAGGUGACACCCAAGCAGUCGUUUGAGAUUGAGCACGGCGGUUGGCAGAUUCGGUACAUGAAGCCCGAUCAGCAGCCGCAGACUCCGCGCAGCUCGAGAAGCCGCAGCCGCUCGCGCGACCCUGUCUCCCGCCACCCUCUGGCCGCAUCGCCGGUGCCAGCUGUUUCGACUGCUCUCCCUCUGCCGAUUCCUGUCCGCGCUCGUCCCGGUCCGAGUACGCUUGCGUCCUCCAGCUCGACGGCCCGCAGCCGCACGCCCCAGGUUAAUGGUACGCCGCUUGCAUCCCGUGGACCCAGCUCCGCCGGGUUCUCACCCGCUGGCUCGCGCUACGGUUCGUCGGCUGCGCUUCCCGAGAUCGCUGCGCUUCACAUCAGCGCGGCCCCUAGUUCGCUCAGCCUUGCGGCCACCGCCCUCUCGGCUACGGUUGCGACCGCCGCGGCAACCUCGACCUCGACUCCCUACUCGGCGUCUCCUCGCCUGUCUGGCUCGAUCCCGCGCCCCGGCUUUGACUGGGAGAAGCGUACCGAGCACCGCACGUACGAGCUGCCCAAGGGCGUCGUGCAGAACCCGAACAAGGGUUUGUUCUACUUCAACGUCUAAGCAAUCGAUUA